AUGGAAGAAUUAUUAAGAUGGGGUCAAGAGAAUGGCAUUCAGUUACCUAAGGGAAUAGAAUUUAUCAAGGACGAAAAGAAGGGAUUUACUUGUAUAUAUUCCAAUCCACAAGAUUUACAAACCCCUAGAUUCAUUGCCCCAUUGAAUGCAUUGAUCAUUGGUGAGCUGGCAGAGAAGGUAUUUGGAACCAAAAAUAAUGGAUUACUGAAGUUUCUAUUAGCUAAAUUAAAAUAUGAUAGUAAUCCUACACUGAUUGACAAUAAUACCCUUGAUUUACAGAAAAAAUUUGCUCCAUAUAUAAACGUUUUGCCUACAGUACCAGACUCCCCAUUAAUAUGGAAUCCUCGAGAAAUUAAUCUUUUAAAAAAUACAAAUUUAGGUAACUCUAUCAGAGAAAGAUUAUAUGCAAUCUUCGAGCAGUGGCAUAAUUUAAUUAAAAACAAUAUUUUUUUACAAUCUUUUAAAUUGAACAUUGGAAAUGAUUUGGAAUUGUUUAACCAAUGGGACGAAUUAUCUAUGCAACAAAUAUAUGAUGAAAUCAUUUUAAAGACAGUUAAUUCCACUCCAACCCAUUGGUGUUCAUUUUCAGCAUAUUUAUGGUCUCAUCUUAUUUUUACAUCAAGAGCAUUUCCUGAAUAUCUUAUCAAUCCUAAAAAUUGUGAUGAGUACUCGAUUAUGCUACUACCUAUUAUCGACUUAUUGAAUCAUGAUUAUACUUCAAGAGUUGAAUGGUCCACAAACAAUAAUCGUUCGUUUAUUUUAACUUUGCUAAAUGAUAAUAUAGAACAAGGCGAUGAACUGUUCAAUAAUUAUGGUCCAAAGGGUAACGAGGAACUACUUAACGGAUAUGGGUUUGUAUUGGAAGACAAUAUAUGCGACUCAGUGACUUUAAAGAUUAAAUUACCGUUACCUGUGAUUGAGAACAUUUUGAAAAAUGAACCAUCAAUAUCUUUACCAACUAUUGAUGAUUAUACAACAUAUGCAUUUGAAGUUGAUCAAAAGAGUAACCUGGCAGAUGAUAAAACUCGAACAGCAGAAAAUUACAAAGAUGGAAUCACAUAUCUAUUAAAUACAAGUAAUGACACAUCGUUGACAUCUCUAUUACAAGUAUUCACAUUUUUAUCUAAGCAUGAUUCUGAAAUAGUAUCUUUUUCAAUUAGAGCAAGAUUAGAUGGAUUACAAGGGUUGAGAAAUGCUCUUCAAAAUAAAUUACACAUUUUAAAGUAUAAAGUACCCGACCAUGAAUAUUUACAAUAUGAAAUUGAUGAGUAUAGAAGCUAUUGUUCAAAAAUAUAUAGAGAGUCUCAAAUAAAGAUACUGAAACAUUCUAUAAAUGUAUUGAAAAAUUGGGAAAAACAAUGGUUAAAAGAAUUUAAGCCACAAUUAUUGACUAUGGAUAAAAUAUUGAAAUAUGAUACAGGUUUUGUUGAAACUGAGUUACCGGCAUGCUUUGCUGAUAAUACUAGCGACGACAUUUCCUUUGAUUCCACAUUUGACCUUUUCGUCCUAUGGAUUGCUAUCAAGAUACAAAACCACUCAUUUAUUGAAAAAUACAAAUCAGUUCAAUCAGAUCUAGAGUCAUAUAUUGCAAGACACUCUAAUAAUGAAAAAAAGUUUACGAUCAAUGAAGAUACAGUUUCCUUCUACAACACAUAUUUCCCACAAAAAGACAAGCAAAAUAAAAUCAAAAUUGAAAAUAUCCAUGUUGCUCUUAAUUAUGUUAGAGAUAACAGUUUCACAAGAUCGAGUAAGCUUCAAGAGACCAUCCUUGUGACUUCCAAUAAAUAA